AUGCGCAAGCAUAUCUGGUUACGCAUCUCAAAUCUACUGGUGCACAAGAUUGAUUGCAGUGUUUAUUAUUUGGAUUGUGAUAUACUAAUAUGGUUCAGUGUGUCCUUUCCUCCAGGAGCUAUUAUUGAACCUGCUAAAUGCCGAUUGAUGAGUGUGGAUGAAAAGAAGGAUCUUGUUCGUGAAUUAUCGAAGAGGCCACAAACUGCUCCUGACAAACUACAGUCAUGGAGUCGGCGUGAUAUUGUGGAGAUUCUCUGUGCUGAUCUCGGAAGGGAAAGGAAAUAUACUGGAUUAUCUAAGCAGAGAAUGCUGGAUUAUCUCUUCAGGGUGGUGACUGGCAAAUCAUCUGGCCCUGUGGUGCAUGUGCAAGAAAAGGAGCCAACUCUCGAUCCCAACGCAAGCAACCAUCAGUACCCAGCAAAGCGUCAAAGGAAGAGUGACAAUCCAUCACGACUGCCAAUUGCUGUCAACAAUCCGCAAACCGCAGUUGUACCCGUGCAGAUUAAUAAUGUGCGGUCCUGCCGAAAUAUAGCAUGCAGAGCGAUUCUUAGCAUGGAAGAUAAAUUUUGCAGACGCUGUUCAUGCUGCAUAUGCUUCAAGUAUGAUGACAACAAGGACCCUACCAUAUGGUUGUCCUGUAGUUCAGAUCAUCCCAUGCAAAAGGGUUCUUGCGGGUUAUCAUGCCAUCUUGAGUGUGCUCUCAAGGAUGGAAGAACUGGCAUUCUGCCGAGUGGGCAGUGCAAGAAACUUGAUGGUGCUUAUUACUGCCCUAACUGUCGGAAGCAGCAUGAUUUGCUCAGGUCCUGGAAGAAACAACUAAUGUUAGCUAAAGAGGCUCGGCGGCUGGAUAUAUUGUGUUACCGGAUUUUUCUGGGUCAUAAGGUCCUCUUCUCCACGGAGAAGUACUCGGUCUUGCAUAAAUUUGUUGACACAGCAAAGCAGAAACUUGAGGCUGAGGUUGGCUCUGUAGCCGGGUAUGGAAAUAUGGGUCGUGGAAUUGUCAGUCGGCUUACUUGUGGUGCUGAGGUUCAGAAACUUUGUGCUGACGCACUAGAUGUCAUGGAGUCUAAGUUCCCUGUUGAAUCUCCUACUAACUCACAAUUUGAACGAUCCAAUAUGAUGCCAUCGAGCUUCAUAAAGUUUGAACCUAUAACGCCUACAUCUAUCACUGUAGUUUUUGAUUUGGCUCGAUGUCCUUACAUCUCCCAAGGGGUAGCUGGCUUUAAAGUAUGGCACCAGGUGGAUGGUACAGGAUUUUACUCGUUAAAUCCAACUGGCACCGUACAUCUAAUGUCAAAAACAUUUGUUGUCACUGAACUCAAGCCAGCUACAUGCUAUAUGAUCAAGGUAACUGCAUUCAGCAACUCCAGUGAGUUUGCGCCAUGGGAAGCCAGGGUAAGUACAAGCUCUCUGAAAGAAAGUGAUCUGAAGGGUUUGGCUCCAGGUGGUGCUGGAUUAGUAGACCAAAAUAACAGGAGCCCAAAGACAAAUAGUGGUGGUCAGUCUGAUCGUUCUUCAGAGGGAGUUGACUCAAACAAUAAUGCAACAGUGUACACUGAUCUUAACAAGUCGCCGGAAAGUGAUUUUGAGUACUGUGAAAAUCCUGAGAUCCUUGAUUCCGACAAAGUGCCUCAUCACCCCAAUGGGCCUAGCAAUAACUUGCAAAACAUGCAGAUAGUUGCAGCUAGGGUACCAGAGGUCACUGAACUGGAGGAAGCUCCUGGGCUCUCAGCGUCAGCUUUGGAUGAGGAGCCUAAUUCAACAGUUCAAGCUGCUUUACUUAGGGAGUCUUCAAACUCAAUGGAGCAAAACCAAAGAAGCGAUGUUCCUAUAUCACAGGAUGCAUCAAAUGCAACUGCUGGAGUUGAGUUGGCGCUUGUUCCUCGAUUUGUUGGCUCUAUGCCACCCACUGCACCAAGAGUUAUGGAAACUGGUAAGGAGACUGGUGGAAGGAGCUUCAACACAAAACCUUCUGACAACAUCUUUCAGAAUGGCUCCUCAAAGCCUGAAAGAGAGCCAGGGAAUUCGUCAAACAAAAGAUCGGGUAAAUUCGAGGAUGCUGGCCACAAGGAUGGAUGCCCCGAAGCAACUUAUGAGUACUGUGUCAGGGUGGUGAGGUGGCUGGAGACUGAGGGCUACAUUGAGACCAACUUCAGGGUGAAGUUCUUGACAUGGUACAGCUUGCGUGCUACCCCGCAUGAUCGGAAGAUUGUCAGCGUGUAUGUGGACACCCUCAUCAAUGAUCCUGCAAGCCUCUGCGGCCAGCUGACCGACACCUUCUCGGAGGCGAUCUACAGCAAGAAGCCGCCUUCAGUCCCCUCUGGCUUCUGCAUGAACCUCUGGCAUUAA